AUGACGGACGAAAGCUUAGCACCUUUUCACCGGAAUCGAAGGAGAUUGCCUUGGAAACAGCGUCUGCAUGAAUGCUCCGGUAAAGCCAAUCGACAGCUGGUCAAGAGGAAUCGGCCGUCGUCUUCUGGUGCAACCAAACUUCGAAUCUCUUCACGCAACACUUCCACUCGAAAUGGCAGUCGGCAAGGUGACCAAUUACAGCCACCCUCUUCAGUCGAUGGGGGUCGUUGCCUCUUCCUCUAUUUGUACUUUCACCAGGGCACACGAGGUCAGCCCGAGGGGGAUGAGUGGCAAUUCACAUUCGUCACGGACCCCGGUUACCGACGUCCGGGCUGCCGUCAGAAGUACAUGUAA